GGCAAAUUGCCAUGAACUUCCGGUGUAAGAUAAAGACACACGCGGAUCUAUCGAGAAAAGAACGCGAAUAAUUAUAAAAUACCUGGAAUAAGAAGACUUAUUUAUUAAUUUUACAUUGCCUCGUUUUUUAAAAUGUCCAAUAACGGUGCUCCGGACUCUUGGGAAGCUCAAGCCGAUGUUAUAGGUGAACAAGGUGCAAAAGAUUCUAAUGAUGUGUCUACAAAAUUUUCCACGUUGAAUGUUAAUGCCGUGGAAUUCGUGCCUUCUUUCUGUAUACCUUCCCAAGGUGACGACAGUACUGAUUCACCGACUUCAUCACAAAAAUCUGAGAGUGAAUCUACUAAUUCCGCUGAGAGUCCUGUCUUGAACGGUUGUGGAGAUGGUGUCGAGAGUGGUGAUGGAAGAGCAGCAUCUGCAUCACCGAGAGUUGAGGAGCCCCCUCCUGUCCCUCCAGCUGCCUCCACUGAGACACCUGUUCCUGUUCCAUCUGACGUCUCCCCCACAGCUGAUAGCUGGGAAGCUGAAGCCGACGAUGCAUUACUCACACCAGAAGACACCAAUGAAGUCGAGGAGGAAGAACUCGAACAACAGGUGCCAUCCACUGAAGAUGGUGAAAUCUCAAAGAAAAUUCCGAAGAAAAAACCAGUCAGGGUUGAAGAUACUCGCAGCAAAAAGGAACAUGUAAAUGUUGUUUUCAUAGGGCAUGUAGAUGCUGGUAAAUCUACAAUUGGUGGUCAAAUAAUGUCCUUGACUGGCAUGGUAGAUAAAAGAACACUAGACAAAUAUGAAAGAGAAGCAAGGGAAAAGUCCAGGGAAUCUUGGUACCUCUCUUGGGCUUUAGAUACGAACCAAGAAGAACGUGACAAAGGUAAAACUGUGGAAGUGGGCAGGGCAUACUUUGAGACUGAAAAGAAGCAUUUUACAAUCCUCGACGCCCCCGGGCAUAAGAGUUUCGUUCCAAACAUGAUAGGGGGCGCCGCGCAGGCCGACCUCGCUGUACUUGUGAUAUCUGCUAGGAAAGGUGAAUUUGAAACAGGAUUUGACAGAGGGGGACAAACAAGAGAGCAUGCUAUGUUAGCAAAGACUGCUGGUGUUAAGCAUUUAGUUGCACUUGUUAAUAAAAUGGAUGAUCCCACUGUGAACUGGGAUGAGAAAAGAUACAAUGAAUGUAGAGAUAAAAUACUUCCCUAUCUAAAAAAACUGGGAUUCAAUCCAGCAAAGGACUUAUCCUUCUUACCAGUUUCGGGACAAACUGGUCAAGGUUUACUGGAGAGAGUAUCUGAAGAAAUAUGUACGUGGUACCGCGGUCCAUCUUUUAUACAAUUAAUUGAUGAGUUGCCAUCACUGAACCGCAAGAUGGAUGGUCCCUUCAUAAUGCCGGUAGUCGACAAGUACAAGGACAUGGGAACGGUUCUCAUGGGUAAAGUUGAAGCGGGAACUACAAGAAAGGGCAGCACUCUUUUCCUUAUGCCUAAUAGGGCACAAGUAACAGUCGAUCAGUUAUGGUCUGACGACAUUGAAGUAACCUCUAUUGGUCCCGGUGAAAAUGUUAAAGUGAAGCUCAAAGGCAUCGAAGAAGAAGAUGUCUCUCCCGGCUUUGUUCUUUGUGAUACCGCAGAACCAAUAACCACUGGAAGAGUAUUUGAUGCUCAAGUGGUGAUAUUGGAACAUAAAUCAAUCAUUUGCGCUGGAUAUUCCGCUGUUAUGCACAUACAUUGUGCGGCUGAAGAAGUUACUGUUAAGGCUCUAAUCUGUUUAGUUGACAAGAAGACUGGUGAGAAGUCAAAGACGCGGCCGCGGUUCGUUAAACAGGAUCAAGUGGCCAUUAUGAGGAUAGAAUGUGCGGGGAUCAUAUGUCUAGAGCCGUUCAAGAAGUUCGCACAGAUGGGAAGGUUCACAUUAAGAGAUGAAAAUAAAACAAUUGCAAUCGGCAAAGUCCUAAAAGUGGUUGAAUAAUUCGGCACUACGAUUUGUAUUUUAGUUAGGAUAGGCCUUUCCAAAACCUGCAUCAUUUGAGAAUGCAUGUCAAAUGUAAUACUAAUUUUUGGAUUUAUGUGAGAGCUGUUGAAUGUAUUGCUUCAUUGUUGGUGUUUUUCGAGUUAUAGAGAAGCUAGUCCUUGCAGAUAUUAGACACUGUUUUAAAGACACUGCCAUUGAGCAAAACAACAUUUUUACACCACAGCUGCGGUAACUACGACGAUGUUCUUUGCUAUAUUAUUUUAAAUUAUUCACACCACUUGUCGCUAGCAACGUUGAAUACUGUUUGAAAAGAUAUUAUUUGAUAUUUUACAGCAUCCUGGGUAGUGCCUGGAGUUAUUUUUAAUAUAUAGAGCCCACAUUGUGUUUUUGUAUUGUAAAAUUCGGCUUAAACCUAACACCACGAACGGUUUUGUUAUCGGUUGCAAUUGAUAUGUAAUCUUUGUAAUAAAUAGUUAUGUUUUGAAUAACGGAGACAUGCUGUUUAAUAUUACUUAUUUAAUUUUAUUUUAAAAUAUAAAUUUUAUAUAAAUUAUAUGUUUACUAUUAAAGGACUGAUUUUUAAGUUAAAUGAUGGCCCUAAACAGAAAUUAGCGUUGCUGCUCAUGAAGUCGAUGGCAAGGAACUUUAUUUGAAAUGUUGUACGAUAGGUUCUGGCCCUGGCCAGUCACACCGGUCUUCGUGCUUUUAUUACAAAUUGGUUCUAUACUUUACGAUAGUAAAUCACUUAUAUUAAAGAUAUUUUUAUACAGUAUCAUAUAGCAAUAAAGCAAAUGUUGAAGAAUUGUUAAAUGAAAUGGUUUUUGGGUAGGAGAUCCGAGCCAUGAUUGAAAAUGGAUUUUAAAAGUUAGCUCUGGACCAAUGUAUAUUUUCAACAACAUGAAUCAGGUGAAAUGGGAAAUAUAGUAUUUGUACGCAUUUAAAGAUCGUUUCUUUCAAAUCUGGAUAACACGAGCAUCAUUAAUGUUUAGAGCAAAGAGGAAAAUAAAAAAAAAAAUCAAAAAACAAGAGUGUGAAUGUAUGAAGAUUUGAAGCUCUCAUGUAGUCAAUAUCAGGAUGAUCACUAACACAAGCAACGACCGUUUGUAUUUAUAUUUUGGGCUGAAAAGAUAUAAAGCCAAGCCCAAUAGGCGUUGGAACUGUGAUCAUCCUGGUAAUACUAGUAAUUCUUAUAUUUUCAUUAUGAAUUUUAAGUAAAAAUUAUUAUUAUUAUACUGGUCCCUAUAUUAAAGCAAGGUUAUUUUUAUUACAAUUAUUUGCUAUUCUUAUAAUAUUGAUAUGAAUGUUUAUUUCAGCCAUUUCUAAUGAGAAACUUAUUUUCUUAGAUCAAAACUCGACAGAUGUGUAUGAUUUUAUUGUUAGUUAUGUUACUUGCAAUAUUUUUAUUUAAUUAUGAUAAUAGAUAAUAAAUUAUUGUUCUGAAUAACGAUCAAUACUCAGGCAACACUACAUAACUAGUUUUUAUUAUUGAGACGAGGUUGUAACAAGUCUCAUGAUUCCAACCCGAUUUCAAUUUAAUUUGAAUCAUAUUAAGUAUUUAUUUCGGUUUCACUAUUGCAAGAUCAUUUUUUUUUAUUUAAAUUUUUUAAUUUCUUUUACUAUCCUACGUACUUACAUAAACGAAUUAUAACUUUCAUCAUACGAAAAUGACAUCGAUAUAUUGUGCGGUAUUGUGGCGGGGCGUAAAAAAGCUUAUGUAUUAUAAUAACGCUCGAGGUAAAUAUAUAAUGUUAACAAUAUUUUGUGUAUAUCGUGGACGGAGCGAGACGCACGUUGUCCCCAAGUCCGAACACGGUCUGUCUUAGAACGAGUGUACCGCCAAUCUAAACACGUUAAAUUAAAAAAUAAUAAUUUUCGUAUGUAACUCGACGACGAAGUAAAAAGUAAAUGAUACAGUGUUUGGGUUGACGAAACUCGUACUAAGGUAUUGUCUUAGGAAGAAGUUCCUUUCCGUAUCCGCUAGGGGGCGGCGUCCGUCUCUCACCUCGGACGACAGUACAGCUGUCUGCAACUGCAACUAUAUUAAAUAUUUUGUUUAAAAUAAAAUAAAAUUUUAUCAUAACUGCGGA